AUGUCGCAAACGUUUAAGAUUACAAUUCUGCCUGGUGACGGUAUUGGCCCAGAAGUUGUUGAGCAGGCUGUGCGUGUCCUCGAGCGCGUCUCGGAGAAAUCGACCAGUUUCAAGCUAGAGAUGGCUUCGUUCGAUUUCGGUGGUGCUGCUAUUGACUCUUCUGGCGAGCCGCUGCCUCCGGCAACGCUCAAGGCAUGCCAGGAAGCUGACGCCAUUCUGCUUGGUGCUGUUGGUGGCCCGAAGUGGGGUGUGGGCAAGGUCCGCCCGGAGCAGGGCCUGCUGGCCAUCCGUAAGGAGCUCGAUCUGUACGCCAAUGUCCGUCCGGCUCUCUUCCCGUCGGAGUCGCUGCUGGAGCGCUCGCCGCUGCGCCCGGAGAUCGCCAAGGGCACUGAAUUCAUUGUGAUCCGUGAGCUGGUCAAGGGUCUGUACUAUGGUGACCGUCAGGAAGCCGACCUGGAUUCGCCGGACUCGAAGGGCGAGGCUUACGACAUGAUGGUGUAUGACAAGUCGGAUGUGCAGCGCAUUACGCGUCUAGCUGCGUACUUGGCUAUGCGCCAGUCCCCUCCAGCCAAGAUUCACUCGAUUGAUAAAGCCAAUGUACUUGCGACUAGCCGUCUAUGGCGUCGUGUUGUUACGGAGACGAUCGAGUCGGAGUUCAAGGACAAGGGUGUGGAAGUGGACCACCACCUUGUGGACUCGGCGGCUAUGGUCAUGGUCUCGAAUCCGCGCAAGCUUAAUGGUAUUGUGCUGACAGAGAACAUGUUUGGCGAUAUCCUCUCGGACGAGUCGUCGGUGAUCCCAGGCUCGCUGGGUCUGCUUCCGAGUGCCUCGCUCUCGGAGCUGCCGACGGGUGAGAAGCCCUGCAAGGGCCUCUAUGAACCGAUCCACGGCUCAGCGCCGGAUAUUGCUGGUCAAGGCAAGGCGAACCCUGUGGGUACCAUUCUCUCGGCGGCGCUCCUGCUCCGUUGGUCGCUGGGCUUCGACAAGGAGGCGACCGCGAUUGAGCAAGCAGUGCGCAAGGUUCUGGAUGCCACUGACAUUGGCGGUUUCGGUAUGCGUACCGGUGAUCUUGGCGGCAGUGCAUCGACCAAGGAGAUAGGCGACAAGGUGCUCGAGGUCCUUGACUCGUUGCUGUAA